GCCGCGCCCCCUUUUGGCAAUCCCGGGAGAGCCUUGCAGACCCUCCCCAGCAGAGCCCCGGGCUUGCACUCUGUGCAUGCUCAGGAGCCGCCCUCUCCUUGGCGCGCGCGCGGGGGGGGGGGAAGGCGUCUGUCCAGCGCCAGAGCGCAGGCGGAGCGGCCCGAAGGAGGAGUCACGCGUCACCGGAGUGGGUGUGUGGUUGUGUGUGUGUGUGUGUGUGUGGCGCGCCGUGGGGCGUCUGGCCCUUCCCGGCUGGGGCUCCGGUGCCUCCGCCCUGCAGAACCCGGCGCCGUCCACCCUCCGCCCCCCCCCCCAGCCGGAGGGAAGGGGAGCCGCGCCCCGGAGCUGCCGUGAGAGCAAGGAGGAAGGUCGGCGGCGCGGCUUUUGCGCUCCGGAGACCCCUUGUUUCGUUCCUCGCUCGCCUCUUUCCCUUUCUUUCCGCUUUCCCUUUCGCCCCCCCCCUUUCCCCCGCCAUGCUCCUGCGGGAUCCUCCCGCCACGCUGGUCUCCCCCUGGGAACGCGGGGUGGUGCUCCUCUCCUGCGCCUUCUCGGUGCUGGGCUGCUGCCUGCUGCUGGGCACCCAGGCCCGCUGGCCGGAGCUCCGGACGCGGCCGCGCCAGCUUCUCUCCUGCCUCUCCGGGGCCGACCUGCUCUCCGCCGCCUCCUACGCCUACGGGGUGCUGAAGGACUUCGAGGCCUCGUCCUGGGACUGCGUGGCGCAGGGCGCCCUCUCCACCUUCGCCAACACCAGCUCCUUCUUCUGGACAGUGGCCAUCGCCCUGGACCUCUACUUCGCCAUCGUCCGCGGCUCUCCCAGCUCCGCCAGCUUGCUCAGCUUCUUCCACUUGGUGAGCUGGGGGGUUCCCCUUGGCAUCACCGCAGCUGCUGUGGCCUUGAAAAAAAUCGGUUACGACGCGUCGGAUGUCUCGGUGGGCUGGUGCUGGAUUGACAUCAACGCAGAGGACCGGCUCCUUUGGAUGCUGCUGGCGGGGAAAUUGUGGGAAAUCCUCGCUUACGUGACCUUGCCGGUUUUUUACGUCCUGAUAAAGAAGCACAUCAACCGAGCGCACACAGCCCUCUCCGAGUAUCGGCCCAUUUUGUCCAGGGCCCCAUCGUCCCACCCAGGAGCAGCAUCCGGGGCAGACAAGAAGCUGACCUUAAUCCCGAUUGUUUUCAUCUUUCUGCGUGUCUGGAGCACCAUCCGGUUUGUGCUGACCCUGUCCGGCUCUCCUGCAGACCAAAACUGGCUCCUGGUGGUGCUUCACGGAAUCGGAAACACUUUUCAAGGAGCUGCAAAUUGCAUUCUCUUUGUCUUUUGCACCCGAGUCGUCCGGAAUAAACUCUUUUCGUCCUUGUGCUGCUGGCGAUACUCGAAUCCAGAGCCUCCUCCGCCAAGUUUGGAGACCAGCUUCCAGGCUGAGGCUCCCCUUUGCAAAGACUGGGAGCUGCGAGGCAGCAAUAGCACAGGGGCAGACGCAUCCAGCCCUUGAACUUGGCCUGUAUCGGGAUGGAAAUCACCCUUUUGCCUGGUGGGACUCUCACCGUGAGUGUUUCUAGUUUGCCCACAUUUUGCAAGACAGGAAACCAAGAUGCCUAUCACGGAUGAUAUCAACAACAUAAUAAGACUUUUGGACUUUUUUAUAGAAAAAAAGAAAAACGUUCAAUUUUUCACCAUACGACGGCUGGAUCGGUCUUACUCCAAAUUAACUUUCUCAGGGCGUGAUGGUUUUUUUUUUUUUCUCCUUUUUUUUUUUUAAAGACGCUACGAAGACAUGUUUUUAUUUUUUUUAACUUGGGCAUUAAGAAUAAAAGAGGAGAAAGUGUUGAAUUAAAUGUUAAGGGACAAGAUGACCCACGUUUAAGGGGGAGAGAAGAGGCAUGGCUGUCAACACCCUAUUUGGAAAUCAGAGAAGAGAGAGCGAGACACUACAAGUCCCAUCAUCCUCAACUAGCCUGAUCAGGGAUGGAUGUUGGAGUCAAGCAGCUGCCUACAAAUUUCUUCUUGAAACGAAGCAUCCAAGGUGGAUACUUGAAGGUGGUAUAGUCUUCCCAUCUGGAAGGACUGUAACAUGGUGCAUAUUGGUUAAUUUCUAUUUUAUUGCAACCCACCUAAGAAAGUAAUGGAGUCUCAAGUGGACACCCCCAAUUUUGGGGGACGCUGGUUUGUUUUGCCUUCGAAUAAAUGCUGCAAAUUUUUUGGGGGGGCAGGCUGAUUUUUUUUUUCUCGUUCUGUAUACCUCACUUCUCUCUGCGUGUUUGUGUGUUUUUAAACACCGAUGCAACAGAACUCUUAAAUGUACAGAUUAAGAUUGAAUUUUCCAUCCGCCUUGUCGAAAGCGGCCUUUGAACAAAAGUGUGUGCUUUUUUAAAAAAAAUAAAUGAGCCUUGAAUAGAUGGA